UUUGUUAUCACCGGUUUCUCCAUUCUACGAAUCAUAUUACACCCCUAAAGUCGACAUCGCCUACCUCUUGCGCACAUGGGGCUCACCUAGCUCUUUCGAUAAAACCACGAUGGACCACGUAACGCUCGAUAUAAACAACAUCAACAACUCCAUCCAAUCCAGACUGGACCGUAUCCUCCAGCUCGAAUCGGAAAUCUCCCGCCUCCGCACUGAAGUCGACUGUUCCAGACUCUCACUCCGGAAAUACGACUUUUUGCACGCGCCAAUCCGCCGCCUUCCACCAGAACUGCUCCUGUUAAUAUUCCGCGAAUUGGAGUUAGACGGCUUAUCGUUCAAAAAUAGGACACCACUCGUUCUCAUGGGUGUCUGUGCAUCAUGGCGUCACCUUGUUGCCGGUACCCCGACACUGUGGUCCACGAUGAGGAUGGGCUGUUCCUAUGGUUGGGAUUUGCAUCGGAGUCUAUCCGGGAGCCUAGACGUGUCGCGUACAUCAUCCCUGCUCGCUUUGACCCUCCAGUAUUCGAAGGCUGCGCCCUUGGAUAUCAUCCUGCAUUCUGGGGGGGAGAGCUCCCGUGUUGAAGGCCUAACAAAUCUAUUGAAGCAGCAUUCCUCGAGAUGGCGUUCUCUUAACACCGAUAAUGGCAGGUUUAUCCCGGCGAACCUCCCUGCGCUGGAGAUGCUCGUGUUACGGGACUUCUCAACACUGUCUUCAUCUCUCCAGGCACCUCGCCUACAUACCCUUCGUAUCGGCGCACUCUACGACAUACCUUUUAUCCGCUGUCGACGCGGUUCUGUCAUCGGCGAGCUAUCCAAUACAAGCAUAACCAGCAACCUGCUUGAGCUCGAUCUCCCAACCCAAAUACUCGAGAUCCUCGCGUAUAUCUCCUUUCCUGUGCUUCACACGCUCAAACUGGGUUGCGGAUCCCGUGAUCAUCGCCCCGUCUAUAGCCCAAGCGACGUCGAUAUCCUCAACCACCUUCACUGUCCACAUCUGGGCACGCUGAUCUUCCGAGAUGCAGUCCGCAUCAUGUCGUUCGCCAGACUGCUCUCGUACCCCAUUGCUUGCUUAGACCUAGUGGUAACCGACAAGAGCCUGUACGAUGCGCUGGGUUCGACGAUUCUUCCCUGUCUGGAAGACUUGCGUGUCACACACUGUGUGAAAGCGUUUGAGGGGUUGUUGAGGAUGGUUAGGAGGACGAAAGAGAAAAGGUUGAGGAAUUUGGAUGUUAGGUCGUGGUACUACAAAGAGAUAAGGAAGCUGUUUCGGGAGGAGGAUUUUCAUGGGCUGAGGACGAGGUUUCGUGCCAUGCCAUGUAGAGACUGACGUAGGAUGGUUCGGCGUUCUCGCAGUUUCUUUUGUAACAUAUCGUUGUGCUAAGUAUUCGCAUUGAGACUCUCGAUGUAGAUAAUU